AUGGAUUCGGAGACGGAGCUCUUGUCACUCAUAACUCAGAUAACCUUUCUUGGGAGGUCAACGGAUUCGUAUACGGUGCGGGUGUUGGAGCUCGUAUCUCUCAUGACUCAAAUAAUCCCUCUGGUCAAAUCCAUGGAUUUUGAUUCCCUGCCGAAGCCGGAAUCAGAGAUCAUAUCACUCAUCAAGGAAACAAUCUCUCUCUUCAGCGCUGUAUCAGAAACAGAACCAGAGUCGGAGCUCGUAUCACUCGUCACUCAAAUCACAUCUCUCGGCAGCUCUAACGAUUCCGAUGAGAAGCUCAUGUUUCUUGUUAAUCAAAUCUCCUCUCUCAAGCCGGAGCCGGAGAUCACAUCACGCGUUUAUCAGAUAAUGUCUAUCGUCAACUCUGCGAAUAUGAGUUUGGAGUCGAAGCUCCUAUCACUCAUUACUCAACUGGUCUCCCUCUUCUCUAGGGAUGCCAACACAGAGCAGGAAUCCGAGGCCGCAUCACUCUGUAAGCAAAUCAACACCCUCGUUGGCUCUGUGGAUUUGGAGUCCCUGCCGAAGCCAGAAUCGGAGGCCAUAUCACUCAUUAAGCAGAUCAUCUCUGUCUCCAGCUCUGUUUCGGAUACGGAACCGGAGUACGAGCUCAUAUCAGUCUUUCAUGAAGCUCUCGCCAGCACUGUUGAUUUGCAUUCAAAACCGGAGGCAGAGGCGGAGUUAGUUGCGCUCAUUGAACGAGUGUUCUCUCUCGAGCCAAAACCGGAGCUUGUGUCACUCAUCACUCAGAUUUUACCGCUCGUCAACUCUGCGGAUAAGCAGUUUAUUUCCUUGUGCCCUCAAGUAGAAGUAAAACUCGAACAUGGAAGAUUUCGUGUGACUGGAAAAGUGCAGCAAAGGAGCAGUAAAAAAGGGGAAUGUUACCGUAGAACCAUGGACUUCUACAGGAUAGUAACAGGAGAAACCUUUGCUCUGUUUCGAUGCCCAACUUGCAACGGCGAGGACCAUGAAGAAUAUGACAAGGCUCCACUUGAGGUCAUACACUUUCUUCAUCCCAAACAUUCUCUUGAGCUUGUCUUGUCAAGCGGGGAAAUAGCCAGGAAAUGCUAUUGCUGUGAGGAAUAUCUCGCAGAGGUUUUCUACUAUUGCCCGGCUUGCGAUUACGCUAUGAACAUAGCUUGUUUUGAGAAAGACACUCCCUUGUCUAUAGACAAUACAAAGUGGCAUGAGCAUUCACUUACGCUGUUUCCAAGGCUGGCUUCAUUAGCUUGUAAUGUUUGUGCCUUGACCCAUUCAAGCUGUCCUUUCUAUAUAUGUCCCCCUUGUGAGUUUGUGAUCCAUCAAAGAUGCAUCAGCCUACCACGUGUCAUAAAGAUGUCUCGCCAUCUCCAUCGUAUCUCUUUUACUCCCUCUUUUGACCAAGGAGAUUGGUCGUGUGGUGUUUGCCGCAAAGAUAUUGAUACUGAGUACGGGGGUUAUUCUUGCACCAAGAACGGUUGUUCCUAUGCGGCUCAUUCAAGAUGUGCCACACAGAGCAAUGUGUGGGAUGGCGUUGAACUUGAGGGAGUGCCGGAAGACAUUGAUGAGGAAGAAGUUGAACCGUUUGUGAGGAUAAGCAAUGGAAUCAUUCAACAUUUCAGUCACAAACAUCAUCAUUUGAGACUUGAUGAGAACACUGACAUAGAUUACAAGGGAAUUAAGGAGUGUCAAGCAUGCAUCAAGCCAAUCGAUGACGGUAGAAUCUACUUGUGUAUGAAAUGUGAUUUCAUUCUACACGAAGCAUGUGCGAAUCUUUCUCGCAAAAUACAUCACCCGAUACAUGCACAUCCAAUCACUCUAGUGACGGAUAAUAGCAAUGUAAUGGAUACUAGGGUGUCAUCAUGUUCAGCUUGUCCUUGGUUGUGCACUGGUUUCUUCUACAGCUGCACUAAGAUCGGAUGUCAUUUUAAGCUGCAUGUACAGUGCGGCACAAUUUCUGAGCCAUUAGUCCAUGAAAGUCAUACCCAUCCUUUAUUCCUGACAUCUAAACCAGGAGAACGAAGAAGAUGUUCCGUUUGUAAGGAUACAGGAGAUGCUUAUGCAGAAACAUUUAAUUGCAUUGAGGAGUGCGACUUUGCUUUGUGCUUCAAAUGUGCUACCUUACCUCAUAAGGUGAGGUAUAAGCAUGACAAACAUAUGCUCAGUCUUUCUUACGGGAAAGAGAUAAGCAUGGGGACGUAUUGGUGUGAAGUGUGCGAGCGAAAAUUAAAUCCAAAGGAGCGGUUUUAUAUGUGUGAUGAGUAUUGCCGUGUUACCAUACAUAUUGAAUGUCUAUUAGGGGUGGAGUUUUACAUGAAGGUGGGUUCAUCGUUGAUCCACUUGGGUAGAAAGUUUGAUGUUCUGCGCAACAAUACUAUGUCUCGGCCCAUUUGUGUGGUUUGUAAAAAGCGUUGUCCACAGAAUGUGUCUUUCCAUCGUUUGGGAUCAGUAACAUGUUCCCUAUAUUGUGUUCAGUAG